AUGGAGGUUGCCUCCACAGGGGUGCCAAAUGGCGUGUCGACGCCAGAUACGGCAGCUUUGGUGGAUUCCGGCGCUGUGGUUCAGUACCUGACGGAGGUGCUCCAGGUGACACUGGGCGCUCUCAAAUCCGAGUUGGAGACCGCCGGGAGCUUGCUCUCGGAGGCCAGGUACAGUGAAACCUUGCAGAGAUGUACGCGAUUCGCUUCUGAGCCGCAGGUCGCGAUCUAUGUACAGAAAGAUAUCGCGGACGCUGCAGAGACAAAUGGCGGAACCGAGGGUCAAGACUCGGUGCAAUAUGUCUAUACCAUCUCCUCGGAGAUUUCGUCGUCUUCAACCACCGUCUCGUCGGUGGCUUUCAUCAAACGUCCUGCUCCUAUCGACCCGGCUCUUCCGAUCGCCUCGCAGAUCCAGGUCAUGAACCUACCCGGUGUCGCCUCUCUCAACAAUGCUCAGUCCCAGCAAGGAACUACUAUGUCGCCUUACCAAGUUUUACAUCUGCUGCUUCACCACGGUCUAAGUCCCUAUUUCGAAGCCUACGCCCGCAACCAGGAAACGAUUGCUGGCGCGAAGCCUAGAGCGGAUACCGAGACAAAGACUGGUAUUCCCGGAACGAAAAAGAAAUUUGCCGAGUUGGAGCUGGGUCUUAUGCACUUGCAGCAAAAUGUGGAAAUUCCGGCGUUGAACCUUCCAAUGCACGAUGUGGUCCAAGGCGCGUUGAAGGAGGCUGAAGCCAAGGGUGUCAAACCAUCGGUCGAACUGAUUCCUGCGACAAUUCUGGACAACAGUGCGUUCACGAACAGCAUUCAGAAUACCGUAAAUGGUUGGAUUCGGUCGAUUCAGACGAUCACCAAGAUGUCUAGGGAUCCGGACAGCGAGUCAGCAUCUCCAGAGAUUAAUUUCUGGCUGUCUAUGGAGUCUGUUUUGGAGAGCAUCGAGGCUCAGCUGGCAAGCGAUGGUGUCAAGUUGACUAUGGAUAUUCUCCGUCAUGCGAAGCGUUACCAACCGACCCUCAGUUUCCAGGCUGACACUGGACUGAGAGAUGCCUCCGAGCUGGUGCAGAAGUACAACCAACUGAUGCGUGACUUCCCACUGGAUGAGCUUCUUUCUGCCACCUCUCUGAGCAAGGUGCAAGAGUCGCUUGGAUUGAUCUUCAGCCAUCUGAAUAAGAAGCUGAAAAUCUGCCCUUACCCCAUCAAGCGUGCUCUUUCGCUCGUCGAGGCCAUUUCAGGUGACCUCGACCGUAAAAUUCACGAUCUUAUUCCCGGUCGUGACAUCCUGCACCUCGAUUACCGUGAAUUCCGGUCUUUGAUGAAAACCACCCAGGCCAUCUGGCGUGCGUGGGAUGAGAACCUGAAGGAAUUCACCAAUGUUGCUCGUGACUCGACUAGACGUCGUAAUGAGAAAUUCAUCCCAAUCAAAAUUAAUGGAAGACAUGAAUUGACCCGUGAACGUCUUAAGUACAUCGACACCUUCCGUGUCAAUCACGAGCAGCUUCAGAGGACCAUCAUCAAUGUCCUCGGACCUAGCAAGUCUUCCGCAGAGAUCGGCGCUGGCGUCGACUCUGGCGAGACUGUUAUUGUUGAGGAGAUUGGUGAUGUUGAUGCUGUCGAGGAAGUGACUCACGCCUACGCUGCCCUGAAGAAUGUGGACGUCUUGGACGUUUCCCCCGAAGGAUCCCGUACCUGGGAACAAGCCGAGAUCGGCUACAGUGAGCGUACAUCUCGCGUCGAGAAUUCCAUCAUUGCUCGUCUCCGUGAUCGCCUUGCGACUGCGAAGAACGCCAAUGAGAUGUUCCGUGUUUUCUCCAAGUUCAAUGCUCUUCUGGUCCGACCUAAGAUCCGUGGUGCUAUUGGAGAGUACCAGACUCAGCUCAUCGACAAUGUAAAGCGCGAUAUCUCUGGUCUACACGAGCGCUUCAAGCAGCAGUAUGGUCACUCUGAGGCUCAUGCGAUGGCGCAGCUUCGUGAUCUCCCACCCGUCUCCGGUGCUAUUAUUUGGGCUCGUCAAAUCGAGCGCCAACUUGAUAGCUACAUGCGCAAGGUGGAAAAUGUUUUGGGAGAGGAUUGGCACCUUCAUACUGAAGGCCAGAAGCUCCAAUCUGAAAGCAACAUGUUCCGCAAGAAGCUCGACACGCGGCCUGUCUUCGAGUCGUGGCUCUAUGAUGUCCAAAGAAGACACAUCACCAUUUCCGGACGUCUCUUCAAUAUUGUGCGUAACCGCGCUGCUGGAAACACCCUGGAGCUUACUGUCAACUUUGAUGCCCAAAUCAUUGCUCUGUUCAAAGAGGUUCGCAACCUUAUUUGGCUGAACUUCCAGGUUCCCCAUGCUGUCAGCAACAUCUCCAAGGAGGCGAAGCGUGUUUACCCCUACGCCAUCAGCUUGAUGGAGAGCGUGCGGACCCUGCUACAGACCGUCCGUAUAAUUGCCUCUAUGUCUGACGUCGCUAUUCUUCUCAAUGGCUAUAUCAACGAUUCGCAAGCCAUGGUAGGCAAGGGUAUUCCCUUACGCUGGGAAUCAUUCGUUCAUUCCUAUGAGCUGCAUGUCAAACAGUCACUCCCGAAUGGUGCCAUUGAUAGUGCUAUGCCUAACCGUACCGAGAGCAAACAUGUCCAAUUUGUUCGCGAAUUCGCGGGAUCGGCAUCGGUUCUUCAGGACAAGACCACCACACUGUCCACUAUCAACGAGAGCAUCCAAAAAUCCACCCAUGAGCUCAAGACCUGCGCAUACGACUCCGCUGCAUUCAAGCAGCGCUUAGACACCAUUCAGUCUUCUGUCGAUAAGCUUAACCUUGAGAACUACGUCAACUUGGAACAUUGGGUUUCGGAGCUUAAUGGAAAGAUUGAGGCAAUCCUUCGGGAGCGCCUUCAUCGCGCGGUUCGUGAGUGGAUCGGCACCUUCCAAGAAUCUCGCAAUGAGCAAACAACGUCUUUCCACGCUCAAACUAGCACCGGGGAAGUCGAGACCCCGGCCUACAACAUCUCGUUCCCUGAACUCUUCCAUGAAAUCUCCAUGAAGAACCAGGUCCUCCACCUUGACCCGCCGCUGCAGUUCGCUCGAGCUAGUUGGUUCUCGCACUUCGACACCUGGUUGGGGGUCAUCUGCAACCUCGAAAAGAUCAAGGCCUCUCGUUAUCAAAUCUCUAUUAACGUGCAGACUGUCCGUCAAUCUGAAGUCUGUUUCUCAGAGCUUCCGCAAGGCUGCACCGAUGAGCUCAAUCAAGUCUACGGUGUGAUCGAGUCCAGACUGGGUGAUGUUUCUGAAUACGUCAACAAAUGGCUUCAAUUCCAGUCGCUCUGGGAUUUGCAAUCUGAGCAGGUCUAUGAUAUCCUGGGAGACGAUCUUUCCCAGUGGCUCCAGCUUCUCCAGGAGAUUCGGAAGAGCCGUGCCACCUUCGACACCUCGGAAGUCGGCCGAUCUUUCGGUAACAUUCGGAUUGACUACGAGCAAGUCCAAACGAAGGUCAACGCCAAGUACGACCAGUGGCAGCACGAAAUUCUCCAGAAGUUCGGCGCCAAGCUUGGUGGCCGUAUGAGAGAGGUCCACUCCGAGAUUGCCUCUGCUCGUCGUGAUUUGGAAGGUCAGACCUUGGAGGCUUCCUCUACCGCACAUGCUGUGUCCUUCAUCACCAUCGUCCAGCAGUGCAAGCGCAAAACUCGUGUUUGGGAGCCAGAGGUCGACCUUUUCCGCCAAGGUCAGACUACUCUCGCCCGUCAGCGCUACCAAUUCCCUAGUGACUGGCUUCAUGUUGAAAACGUUGAUGGAGAAUGGGCCGCUUUGAACGAGCUGCUUACCCGAAAGAGCAAGAUCGUUCAGGAUCAGACCGAGGGUCUCCGCGCAAAGAUCAGCGCCGAAGACCGUGUCAUCAAUGACAAGAUUGCCGAGGUAAUUGCUCAAUGGAACGACGAGAAGCCAGUUUCUGGCACUAUUCCCCCCGACGAGGCUUCUCGCACCUUGAGUUCCUUCCAGUCGCGCCUUGAGUCCCUUCAGUCUGAGUUUGAGAUGGUCUCCAAGGCCAAGGAAGCGCUUGACCUCCCUGCCAGCUCUGAGUCAUCUCUUCCGGCCAUUCUUGAGGAGGUUCAAGACUUCAUGUCGGUCUGGGCUGCUCUGUCUACUAUUUGGAAGAGUUUGAACGAUCUACGCGACGGCUUAUGGACUAGCGUCCAACCCCGCAAGCUGCGCCAGGCUCUUGAUGGUCUGAUCAAGAUGACCAAGGAAAUGCCCAGCCGAAUGAGGCAGUACGCUGCGUUCGAGCAUAUCCAGAAUGUUCUUCGCCAACUGCUUAAGGUAAAUAUUCUCCUGUCGGAUAUGAAGUCCGAGGCUGUGAAGGAACGCCACUGGCAGAAGAUCUACAAGUCUCUGAAGCCCGGAAAGCGGUUCUCACUUGUGUCGCUGACUCUGGGUGAUGUUUGGGAUCUGCAGCUGGCAACCAGCGAGACCGUUAUCCGUGACAUUAUCGCACAGGCCCAAGGUGAAAUGGCCCUAGAGGAGUUCCUGAAGUCUGUUCGUGAGACUUGGCAGAACUACUCCCUGGACCUGGUGAACUACCAGAACAAGUGCCGUCUUAUUCGUGGCUUCGACGACCUGUUUGCGAAAUGUAGCGAGAACCUGAACUCACUUCAGGCUAUGAGACACUCGCCUUACUACAAGGAAUUCGAGGAGGAGGCUACCUCGUGGGAAGACAAGUUGAACCGCGUCCAUGUUCUCUUCGAUGUCUGGAUUGAUGUCCAGAGACAAUGGGUCUACUUGGAGGGGGUCUUCACUGGCAACGCUGACAUCAAGCAUCUGCUUCCGCUGGAGUCGAGCCGAUUCCAAAAUAUCAACUCGGAGUUCUUUGCUGUUAUGAAGAAGGUAUACAAGUCUCCCUUCGUUCUCGAUAUCCUUGCCAUCAACGGUGUCCAGAAGUCUCUGGAGCGUUUGGCCGAGCUGCUCAACAAGAUCCAGAAGGCGCUUGGUGAAUACCUUGAGCGUGAGCGUGUGUCGUUCCCUCGCUUCUACUUUGUUGGAGAUGAGGAUCUGCUCGAGAUCAUUGGUAACAGCAAUGACAUUUUCCGUGUUGCCAAGCAUUUUAAGAAGAUGUUCGCUGGUCUGAAUGGCCUCCUGAUGGACGACGAAAAUAAUAUUGUCGGAUUGACCUCCAAGGAGGGCGAAGAAGUCCGCCUGAAGAAGGAAGUCAACCUUCUUAAGACUCCUCGCAUCAAUGACUGGCUCACUGCGUUGGAGACCAACAUGAAGCUGACUUUGGCUGAGCUUCUCGGGGAGGCUGUCGAGCAGUUCGACACUUUGUACAGCGGCCCUGACGUCGAUCGUACUGCUUUCAACGACUUCCUUGCCAACUACCCUGCCCAGAUCGUUGUCCUUGCCAGCCAGGUCGUUUGGACCAACGCUGUACAGAAGUCCCUGGAAGACGGCGGCGCAAACCUCCAGGCUUUGUACGACGCAGAGGUCAGAAUCCUGGAGCUGCUCGCUGCCACUGUGCUUGGAGAACUUGAUGCCAUCACACGUAAGAAGUGUGAGCAAAUGAUUACAGAAUUCGUUCACCAGCGUGACACCAUUUCCAAGCUUAUUCAGUCCAACGCGACUACCCCCACACACCAUCUGUGGUUGCUUCAGAUGCGCUACGUCUACCAGCCGGAGGGUGACUUCCUCCAGCGUCUGUAUGUUCACAUGGCAAACGCCAGGCUCAACUAUGGAUUCGAGUACCUCGGUGUUCCCGAACGUCUAGUCCGCACUCCUCUUACAGACCGUUGUUUCCUUACCCUUACUCAGGCUCUGUGCCAGAGGCUUGGUGGUUCCCCCUACGGUCCUGCUGGUACAGGUAAAACUGAGUCCGUCAAAGCUCUGGGUCUUCAGCUUGGUCGAUUUACUCUUGUCUUCUGUUGUGACGACACAUUCGAUUUCCAGGCCAUGGGCCGUAUUUUCCUUGGUAUCUGCCAAGUCGGCGCUUGGGGUUGCUUCGACGAGUUUAACCGCCUGGAGGAGAGAAUCCUGUCUGCCGUUUCUCAGCAGAUUCAGAAUAUUCAAAUUGGUCUGCGCAAGGGUGAAGAGGAUGACAAGACUCAAAUCGAGUUAGUUGGCCGCAAACUGACUGUCAACGUCAACACUGGUAUCUUCAUCACCAUGAAUCCUGGAUAUGCGGGUCGUUCAAAUUUGCCCGACAACUUGAAGAAGCUGUUCCGCAGCGUUGCCAUGUCCAAGCCUGACAAGGAACUUAUUGCGGAAGUCAUGCUGUUUUCCCAGGGUUUCAAGCAAGCCAAGUCUUUGUCCAAGCAAACCGUGCCAUUCUUCGACCACUGCGCCUCUCAAUUGUCUAAGCAAGCCCACUACGACUUUGGUCUUCGUGCCUUGAAGAGUGUCCUUGUCAGCUCCGGAGGUCUCAAGCGUGCUCGAAUUGCCAAUGCCGACGGCGAGAUUGGCCCUGAUGAAGUGGUGGAACCUCAGAUCAUUGUUCAGAGUUUGCGAGAGACCAUUGCACCCAAGCUUGUGCGAGAAGAUGUUGAGCGGAUGCUGCACAUUCAAGUGGAAGACUUCCCCGGCGUCGACUACGUGCCUGCCAACUACGAGAAGCUCACCCAGGCCAUUCGGGAUAUUGCCAAGGAACAACACUUGGUGGACAGCGACAUGUGGAUUUCUAAGGCUCUCCAGCUCUACCAGAUCCAGAGUAUUCACCACGGUGUCAUGAUGGUUGGAAAAUCUGGAGCCGGUAAGUCAGCUGCUUGGAAGAUUCUUCUGCAGGCCAUGCAACGGAUCGAGGGUGUUGAGGGCGUCUCCCACAUCAUCGACUCUAAGGUCAUGUCUAAGGAAGCCCUCUAUGGUAAUCUGGACAGCACUACUCGUGAGUGGACCGACGGUCUCUUCACUGGUAUCCUGAGAAAAAUCGUCGACAACCUUCGUGGAGAAGAUAGCAAGCGUCACUGGAUUGUAUUCGACGGUGAUGUUGAUCCCGAGUGGGUUGAGAACUUGAACAGCGUUCUCGAUGACAACAAGCUUCUUACUCUGCCUAACGGUGAACGUCUUAACUUGCCCUCAAAUGUCCGCAUCAUGUUUGAAGUCGAGACCUUAAAGUACGCGACCCUCGCCACCGUCUCUCGCUGUGGCAUGGUGUGGUUCAAUGCCGAUACUGUUACCCCCACCAUGAUGAUCAACAACUACGUUGAAAGCCUCAAAACUAAGACAUUCGAGGACUUGGAUGAUGAUAGCGCUCCCGCCGGAUCCGCUGCGGUCAAAACCCAAAUUGCACAGGACCAGCUCUCCACCAUUCUCAAGCAGCACUUGGAAAGUGAUGAUCUGGUUCUUAAAGCUCUCGACGAAGCCAAGAAGUACAACCACAUCAUGGAAUUCACCAACAUUCGCGCCCUCAAUACCAUGUUUAGUUUGUUGAACAAAGCCUGCCGCAAUGUCCUGGAGUACAACAUCCAGCAUGUCGACUUCCCUCUUGACCCCGAGCAAAUGGAGUCGUACAUCUCCAAGAAGCUCUUACUUACGAUGGUCUGGUCCUUCACUGGUGAUUGUCCUCUUUCGGACCGUAAGGCCUUCGGGCAGUACGUCUCCGGAAUGUCCACCAUGGACCUGCCACCGGAUGGUGAUUCGUCUCUCAUCGACUUUGACGUGACUCUUCCUAAGUCUGAGUGGACUAGCUGGCAGUCACAGGUGCCGUCGAUCGACAUCAACACCCACUCGAUCACCCAAACAGAUGUCAUUAUCCCGACUGUGGAUACUAUCCGUCACGAAGAUGUCUUGUACUCAUGGCUCGCCGAGCACAAGCCUUUGCUGCUUUGCGGACCCCCUGGUUCGGGUAAGACCAUGACCUUGUUUGCCGCUCUGAGAAAGUUGCCGAACAUGGAGGUUGUCGGCCUCAACUUCUCCAGCGCAACUACCCCUGAUCUCUUGAUCAAGACCUUCGAGCAGUACUGUGAGUACAAGAAGACUCUCAACGGUGUGGUGAUGUCUCCCAACCAAAUUGGUCGCUGGCUCGUCAUAUUCUGCGACGAAAUCAACUUGCCCGCCCCUGAUCGUUAUGGAACCCAGCGUGCCAUCUCCUUCCUGCGUCAACUUGUGGAGCAGAAUGGAUUCUGGCGCACAUCUGACAAGACAUGGGUCAGCCUUGAUCGUAUCCAGUUCGUUGGUGCUUGUAAUCCGCCCACAGACGCUGGCCGUACCCCCAUGGGAGAGCGUUUCCUGCGUCACGCUCCUCUCAUCAUGGUUGACUACCCCGGUGAAAUCUCCCUCAACCAGAUCUACGGUACAUUCAAUUCUGCUGUCCUCAAGAUCUUGCCCUUGCUACGCGGAUAUUCUGAGGCUCUUACCAAGGCCAUGGUCCAAUUCUAUCUCGAAUCUCAGACCAGAUUCACACCGCAGAUCCAGCCUCACUAUGUGUACUCUCCUCGUGAGCUUACUCGCUGGGUUCGCGGUGUCUAUGAGGCCAUCAAGCCACUUGAAAGCUUGUCAAUCGAUGGCCUUGUACGAGUCUGGGCCCACGAGGCUCUCCGCCUUUUCCAGGACAGAUUGGUUGAUGAAGACGAGCGCGCCUGGACAGCUGAUGCUGUUCGCCGUAUUGCUCUGGAGCAUUUCCCGACGAUCGAUGAUCAAGAGGCAUUGAAGGGUCCCAUUCUGUUCUCAAACUGGCUGUCCAAGAACUACGUGCCCGUGGAGCAAGAACGGCUUCGUGACUUUGUCAAGGCGCGUCUUAGAACAUUUUGUGAGGAAGAAGUUGAUGUGCCUCUGGUCUUGUUCAAUGAUGUUCUGGAGCAUGCUCUGCGCAUUGAUCGAGUCUUCCGCCAGCCUCAGGGUCACCUUAUCCUUAUCGGUGUCAGCGGCAGUGGAAAGACUACUCUUUCUCGCUUCGUUGCUUGGAUGAACGGUUUGAAGGUCUUCCAAAUCAAGGUCCACGGCAAGUACUCGUCGGAGGAUUUCGAUGAUGAUCUUCGAAGUGUUCUCCGUCGCGCAGGCUGCAAGGGCGAGAAGAUUUGUUUCAUCAUGGAUGAGGCUAACGUCCUCGACUCUGGUUUCUUGGAGCGCAUGAACACUCUUCUCGCCAACGCUGAGGUCCCCGGUCUCUUUGAAGGUGAUGAGUUCUCCUCAUUGAUGACUGCUUGUAAGGAGGGCGCUCAGCGCCAGGGUCUCCUUCUUGACUCCCAAGAGGAACUCUACAAGUGGUUCACGCAGCAAAUUGUCAAGAACCUGCACGUUGUAUUUACCAUGAAUCCGCCCGAGGAUGGACUGUCUUCCAAGGCUGCGACUAGUCCCGCCUUGUUCAACCGUUGUGUGCUUAACUGGAUGGGAGAUUGGUCUGACCAAGCCCUGUUCCAGGUCGGCUCUGAGCUCACUCAGUCGGUCGAUCUCGACAAGCCCAACUUUGUUUCUCCUGAUAGCCUUCCGGUGGCUUACCGCGAAUUGUCACUUCCUGCUUCUCACAGAGACACUGUCGUCAAUUCGAUGGUUUACAUCCACCACUCGCUGCACCGUUUCAACCAGCGUCUGCAGAAACAGCAGGGCCGGAGCACUUUCCUCACGCCUCGCCAUUAUCUCGACUUUGUUGCUCAGUAUGUGAAGCUGUUCAACGAGAAGCGUGAGGAUCUUGAGGAGCAACAGCGUCAUUUGAACGUUGGUCUCGAGAAGCUUCGCGACACUGUCGAGAAAGUCAGCGAUCUGCGUGGCAGUCUCGCCCAAAAGAAGACCCAGCUAGAGAAGAAGGAUACUGAGGCCAACGAGAAAUUGCAGCGCAUGGUUGCUGAUCAGCAGGAGGCAGAGCAGAGGAAGCAGGUUUCGUUAGAGGUGCAGGCUGCUUUGGAGAAGCAAGAAAAGGUGGUGGCAGAGCGGAGGGAGGUUGUCUUGAAUGACUUGGCAAGGGCCGAGCCCGCUGUUGCUGAGGCACAGAAGAGUGUCAGCAACAUCAAGCGUCAGCAUCUUACGGAGGUCCGAUCCAUGGGUAACCCGCCGGCUAGUGUCCGGCUUGCCCUGGAAGCCGUCUGCACUCUUCUCGGCCACAAGGUCGAUAGCUGGAAGACCAUUCAAGGUCUUGUUCGCCGCGAUGACUUCAUUGCUAGCAUUGUGAACUACGACAACGAGCGUCAGAUGACUCGCAACCAUCGAACCAAGAUGCAGAACGAGUUCUUGUCCAAGGAAGACUUUACCUACGAGCGGGUGAGCCGUGCCAGUAAAGCAUGUGGUCCCUUGGUUCAAUGGGUUGAGGCCCAAGUGAACUAUUCCGCGAUCCUGGAUCGUGUUGGACCCCUGCGCGAGGAGGUUGACCAGCUCGAAGAACAGGCUCUACAAACCAAGGCCGAGGCACAGGCUAUUGAGAAUACCAUCCAUGGCUUGGAGAGCAGUAUUGCUACCUACAAGGCUGAAUAUGCUGCUCUUAUCAGUGAAACACAAGCCAUUAAGACAGAAAUGUCCCGUGUCCAGUUCAAGGUCGACCGCAGUGUACGUUUGCUCGACAGUCUGGCAUCCGAGCGUGAACGUUGGGAGGAUGGCAGCAAGUCGUUCGAGACACAGAUCAGCACUCUUGUUGGUGACGUGAUUAUCGCCGCUGCUUUCCUUGCUUAUGCUGGUCUCUACGAUCAGCAAUUCCGUAAGGCCAUGAUCGAGGAUUGGGUUCACCAGCUGGCUCAGUCCGGGAUCAACUUCAAGCCCCACAACCCAAUCACGGAGUACCUCUCUAAUGCCGACGAGCGUCUCACCUGGCAAGAACACUCUCUGCCUGUCGACGAUCUUUGCACGGAGAACGCCAUUAUCCUGAAGCGUUUCAACAGAUACCCUCUAAUCGUUGACCCAUCUGGCCGUGUCACUGAGUUCUUGCAAAAGGAAAGCAAGGACCGUAAGCUUACCGUCACCAGCUUCCUGGACGAUUCCUUUGUCAAGCAGCUUGAGAGUGCCUUGCGUUUCGGAAACCCCAUCCUUAUCCAAGAUGCCGAACACUUGGACCCAAUUCUCAACCAUGUUCUCAACAAGGAAUACCAGAAGACCGGUGGCCGUGUUUUGAUUCAACUUGGCAAGCAAGAGAUCGAUUUCUCACCAUCCUUCAAGCUAUUCCUGUCUACUAGAGACCCUUCUGCUUCCUUCCCACCGGACGUGUGCAGUCGGACCACUUUUGUCAACUUUACAGUCACUCAGAGCAGUUUGCAGACGCAGUCGCUAAACGAUGUGCUGAAGUUCGAACGACCCGAUGUUGACGAACGCCGAAACAACCUCGUCAAGAUGCAAGGAGAGUUCAAAGUCCACCUUCGACAAUUGGAGAAGCGUUUGCUGCAGGCUCUUAACGAGUCUCGUGGUAACAUUCUCGACGAUGAUAAUGUCAUCGAAACACUGGAGACUCUCAAGAAGGAGGCUGCCGAGAUCUCCAAGAAGAUGUCGGAGACUGAGGGUGUCAUGACUGAGGUGGAGAAUAUCACUCACCAGUACAGCACUAUCGCCCGUGCCUGCAGUGCUGUAUUUGCUGUUCUGGAGCAACUUCACCACAUCAACCACUUCUACCAGUUCUCGCUGCAGUACUUUGUUGACAUUUUCAACUCAGUCUUGUACCAGAACAAGCGCCUUGCUCAGGAAAAGGAUCACUCUGCGCGCGUGCAGAUCAUUAUUCGAGACCUGUUCAUUACCACUUUCCAACGGACCUCGCUGGGUCUUGUUCAGAAGGAUCGCGUUACUCUCGCUAUUCUUCUUGCUCAGGCCACUCCGUUCCCUAUGGACAGAGCUAUCCUGGACCGCAUUCUGGACGAGUCUGUCCAGGACAGUGAUCUUUCCACGACUACUGAUUCUCGUGAUCAAGUGAUGAACAAGUUGCUCAACAUGUCACUUUUCAAAGAUUACGUCCCCGGCAUUCCCCAGGAUCAAUGGGAUCGAUUCUUCGACGAGGAACUUGCAGAGAAUGUCGUUCCAGUCGUCUGGGGCGAAAGCACCACUCACCUCGACCAAUUGCUCCGCUCCUUGCUCCUUGUCAAGCUCUGCCGCAUGGACCGAUUUGUCCCUGUCGCCGAGCGCUUUAUCGAGGCUGUGUUCGGACGUGAGCUCUUUGAUGGCAGCAGUGAUCUUAAGGAUGUCGUUGAACAGGUCACUGCAACCACCCCGAUUGCCCUCAGCUCCAGCCCAGGCUUCGAUGCCAGUUAUAAGGUUGACGCGCUGGUUGAACGUACUCACGCAACCUGUGCCAACAUUGCCAUGGGUUCGAACGAAGGUCUCGAGAGUGCCGACAAGGCUAUCAGCAACGCUGCCGCCGCUGGUAAUUGGGUGCUGGUCAAGAACGUUCAUCUGGCGCCUUCGUGGCUUCAGAGUCUGGAAAAGAGAUUGGAUUCACUCAAGCCUCAUAGGGAAUUCCGCCUCUUCCUCUCUAUGGAGUCCAGCCCCAAGAUUCCAGUCAACCUGAUCCGAGCAUCUCGCGUUCUGAUGUUCGAGCAACCUGCCGGUGUUCGCGCCAACAUGAAGGACUCCCUAUCUUCAUUGAACACCCGCGCCAGCAAGGCCCCUGUCGAAAAGGCCCGUGUUUAUCUCCUUCUUUGCUUCCUUCACGCCGUGGUCCAGGAACGACUCCGUUACGCGCCCAGCCUUGGUUGGAAGAGUUUCUGGGAAUUCAAUGACAGCGACUAUGAGUGCUCUGCCUUCAUCAUCGACUUCUGGGUCGACACCGUUGCUCAAGGCCGCUCCAACGUUGCUCCUCAGAAGCUUCCUUGGGAGAUGAUCCGCACGCUGGUCACAGAGAUGUACGGCGGCAAGAUCGAUGACGCCGGCGAUUUCAAGCAACUCGAGAACCUUGUUAGUCAAUUCCUCACGCCCGCAGCAUUUGAGGACGAAUACAAGCUCGUAUCUGGCGUUGAGAAGGACGAUCUCCUCACCCUGCCUAGCACAACCAAUAUUCGUGACUUUGUCAACUGGGUCAACAACCUGCCUGAGCGUGAACCCCCUACUUAUCUGGGUCUUCCAGCCAAUGCAGAGAAGUUGCUUCUGGUUGGUCAUGGCCGCAAGAUGAUCUCCGAUCUAUCGCGCGUUACCACACUACUGGAUGAAGGUGAGCAGCUGAUGGUCGAUGCGUAA